UUCUGACAUCACUGGACAGAAACACGUGUGUCUGUUGCUGCGGUUCUGUGACGUCAUUCUUUGGAGGCUUUAAGUAGAUCGCCUUAUCCAACAUUUGACUUAACUGCUAUUCUGAACACACACGCGUCUCCUGACGUUUUCUAGCGAACAAAACAAACGGUAUAAAAAAAAGUUGAUUUAAUCGUCCGAGGCGACAAAUCUUUAUCGCGUUGAGUCCGGCUCGCUGAAUGACUUCUUUGAUUUUUGUUAUCUGGCUUUUUGUGGCGUCCAACGCGAAAGAAACCGAGCCGUGAUGCUGCAGAACAUCCUGUACUAAACCCCUUUAAUACAUCACACUCAUUCCUCCUGUUCGUUGAACAAACUAUGGCGGCUGCUUUGUUCAGAAGAGGGACGGGAUUAUGUUGCGUUCACAGGGAGCUGUGCAGAGUCACGUGGAGGCCACAGGCUGCAGAGUUCUGCUCCAGACCGACGGACAGGAGGCCGCCGCCGCGCAUCAAGAAAGCCAAGACGCAGCCCGCCGUGGACGUGGCUGAACUCCUGCAGCAGCGCUUCCCCCGGGGCGGCCCGGGCACAGCGCCCCCUGUUGUUUGGCCUGCAGAAGCCUCCCCUGUGAAGGCCUCCUCCUCCUCCUCGGAGCUUCCUCCUCUGUCAAAGACGGCGGUGUCCUUCUCUCGCGGUGCUUCUGCUUUUAAACGAGUCGAUGCUCGCGGCCUUUACAACGUGACCUCGGGUUCCUCUCUGACCAGCGCAGCCCCUUCAGCGCCUUUAGCAUCUCUGGGCUCAGAACCCCGUCCCGCUGAACCUGCCGCGCGAUUACCCGCAGCGGACCAGGUGGUGGUGAAGGCCGCGGAGACCUCAUCCCGUCCCGCUGCUUUAAGAGAACCCCCGACAGAAAUCAUAGAUGUGGAGCACACCCUAUCCCCCGCAGUGGGGCCUGAAGCAGAAGCUCAGGCUGAACAGGUGCUAAUCGCAGUCGACCUCUCGCACGCCGCCGAAGAAGAACCUUCGGUGGAGGCCACGGCAGAACCGGCGCGUGAGGCCGGUGCCUCUCAGGUUUCCGAAGGUCCGGCUGGAGAAUCUGCCCCCUCCGACUCCGUCCACGAAGCAGCGGGCGCGAUCAAGGCCGAGGCGGCCGUCGUGACGGAGGCCGUCCUCGGCUUGGAGCGAGGUCCGACGAAGGCGGGGCAGGAGCCGGCGGAGCAGCAAGGUGGAGCCUCGGAGGCCGCCGGUCUGGGGUCAGUGACUUCGGCCGACGCGGAGGCUCUGGAGGAUGAAACCCCGAGUGAAACUGCACAUUGUCUGGAGAGAGACGCUGGACAUGUCCCCGGGGACAAGACGGCGGAGGACGUGGCGGAGGAGGUGAUGCCGUCUGAGGAGACCACGGAGGCCUUGUCUCUGGCCGCGCAUCUGCAGAUGGGGGAGAUGCUCUUCUCCGUUCCUGCUCCUGUAACCGGGGUAACGGGAGGCCCGGUGGGUCGGGAGACCGCCAGAGCGGAGACCUUGGACGCAACGGUGGCCUCUGGGUCAGUCGACACAGCGGCUGUGACGGAUGAUCCUCCCGCUCUGCAGGAAGUGCUGCUGCAGGGGGAGGAAGAGGAAGCUGAAGCUUUGGGGAAUGAAGAUGGAAAAGGGACAAACGCAGAUUUAGAUCCAGUGCAGAGACUCUUCCUGGAGAAAAUCAAAGAAUACCAAAACAUUCACAGGUUGAAUGGAGGACAGUUGGAGGCGGAGCCAGACUACAAAAAACACCUUUCAGAGGAGACGGCGAAGCUCCGGAGGCUUUAUGGAGGAGGAGGAGGAGGAGGAGGAGGAGACCUGAGCAGCUUCCCCGAGUUCACCUUCACCGAGCCACAAUUGGACCAGGACUCCAAAUGAUCCACGAUACCCUCCCACACACGCGUCAUGUUCUCAAAGCACAUGACAUGUGUUUCAAAAGAACACAUAAUCCUGUUUUUUCUUUGUAUUGUGCAAUCAUACUAGUUAUGCAUUAUUAAUAUUCUAUGUAAUUAAAGCAGCACUUUAAAAAGUGUGUGUGUGUGUGUGCACGCGCUUCAGAUGCCAUUAAAGCCUCACAGUAGAGGAGUCGAGGUUUGGAUGAACAGCAGGUGGAGCUGUCAGGUCAACAUUCCCUAUUUGGCUCCAUUUAUCUGUCUACCUUUCUCUGUUUCCAUGUCCUCACACUGUUCUGUAUUACCUGCAUUUUUCAUAUAUCAGCAUCACGUGUGUGUGUGUGUGGUGACAGAGGCCGUCUUUGUCAAGUCAGAGCCCCCCCCCCCCAGUCACGACUCUGUGAUUAGAGAUGGUGUGAGUCACAACCAGUUACACACACACAUACACACAUACACACAGCAACAAAAAAAACACGUGAGAGCAGCGCCAGACUACAUGGUAAAACUAUACGAAAUAUUGUUUUGGCAGAGAAAAGGCCCAUCGGGACGAUGCCUGAAUGUAAAACAUUGUCAUGAAUAAAUCGUCUGUGUAAAGUGGCGUGAUGUAAUAACGUGAGAUAGAAAAAUGGGGAAAAGGGCCGUCAUUCACAUCCAAUUCAGUUCCAGCUGUGUUGAUUCAGAUGCGCUGAAAGUGGCCCUGCGGUGACGUCACUGGAUUUAGGCGGUCCCUCGCGUUGCCUGCGCAGAAUACCGGCGAGCGUGCGUCUGUCUGCGUUUCGUGCUACACGCUCUCUCCCCCCCCUCCCCUCUC